CUUUGUGUUUAAGAGAAAGGAGGAGAGUGAAGAGAGAGGAGAAGAGGAGAAGAGGGCUGUGGUGGUGGAGGCUGUGGUUGUUGGAGGGGUGGCUUGGCGGCCGCCCCUGAAUGCCUCUCCAAACCGCGCAUGGACGACCACCUCAGCCUCCUGCAAUCACCAAACCAAACCAAAACACCCGACAACCUGGUGGUGAACCACGGCUACACCGAGAGCGUGAUGACGGUGGUGGCGUGUGACAACAUGCUGGAGGAGUCCUCGGCUCUCCCUGGCCACCACCACCUCCACCACUCUCACCACCACCACCUCUCCUCUCUGGACCGAUACGAACCGGACCACGAGGGAUGCUGCGAGAGGGUAGUCAUCAACAUCUCGGGUUUACGCUUCGAGACGCAGCUCAAGACGCUCUCCCAGUUCCCAGAGACGCUCUUAGGGGACCCCAAGAAGAGGAUGAGGUAUUUCGAUCCCCUCCGGAACGAGUACUUCUUCGAUCGGAACCGACCCAGCUUCGACGCCAUCCUGUACUACUACCAGUCCGGCGGGCGCAUCAGGAGACCCGUGAACGUGCCCAUUGACAUCUUCUCCGAGGAGAUCCGCUUCUACGAGCUGGGUGAGGAGGCGAUGGAGAAGUUCAGGGAGGAUGAGGGCUUCAUAAAAGAAGAGGAGAGACCGUUGCCUGAGAAUGAGUUUCAAAGACAGGUGUGGUUACUCUUUGAGUACCCGGAGAGCUCUGGUCCAGCUCGAGGCAUCGCCAUAGUGUCAGUCCUGGUCAUCCUCAUCUCCAUUGUCAUCUUCUGCUUGGAGACACUGCCGGAGUUCAGGGAUGAUCACAACAGAGACCCCAUCCCCAUCACACCUGCGAUGAAUGGCACACUACCAUAUUUCACCAGCCCCUUCUCUGACCCCUUUUUUGUCAUUGAGACGCUCUGCAUCAUCUGGUUCUCCUUCGAGCUCCUGGUGCGCUUUUUCGCGUGUCCGAGCAAAGCCGUGUUCUCCAAAAACAUCAUGAACAUUAUAGACAUCGUGGCCAUCAUUCCUUAUUUCAUCACUUUAGGCACAGAGCUGGCAGAGAGACAGGGGAACGGACAGCAGGCCAUGUCUUUAGCCAUCCUGCGCGUAAUUCGUCUGGUCAGGGUGUUUCGCAUCUUCAAACUCUCGCGUCACUCCAAGGGACUCCAGAUUUUAGGACAGACUCUUAAAGCCAGCAUGCGAGAGCUGGGGUUGCUCAUCUUCUUCUUGUUCAUCGGUGUCAUCCUCUUCUCCAGUGCUGUGUAUUUUGCUGAAGCAGACGAUCCGGAUUCUGGUUUCAACAGCAUCCCGGACGCUUUCUGGUGGGCUGUUGUCACCAUGACCACCGUGGGCUACGGAGACAUGCAUCCGGUGACGAUCGGAGGGAAGAUCGUGGGCUCUCUGUGCGCCAUCGCAGGUGUGCUCACCAUUGCUUUGCCCGUGCCAGUCAUCGUGUCCAACUUCAACUACUUCUACCACAGAGAGACAGAGGGCGAGGAGCAGGCACAGUAUCUCCACGUGGGCAGCUGUCAACCUCUGGCGGAUGCUGAGGAAGAGGAGCAGCUGAGGAAGACGCGCUCCUCUUCCUCCUCGCUCAGCAAGAGCGAGUACAUGGUGAUCGAGGAGGAGCACGGGAUCAACAAACAGCCGCACAAUAACUUCCCCACCACGGCCGAGCCGAACAACUCAACACACAAUUGUGUGAAUAUAAACAAAAAGAUGUUCACCGACGUGUAGCCAAAUUAUUAUUAUAGAGCCACUGAUGGCCCUGAUGGACACAUGGAGGGUGUAAACACACACAGCUGUCUUCUGUCGCUGCGCACCAUCAGUGUGUGUAGGAAGCAGCAGAUGAAGAAAGAAAGAAAGGAAGGGAGGGAAAGAAAGAAAGAAAGAAAGAAAGAAAGAGCAAAUCCUGUGUGUUCAGAGACUUUGUGCUCCGUUCAAAGAAUCUGGAGAUAUUUCAUUCCGGAUGACCUGAAUUCAUUUGUUUUCCUUUCGCGCUUUGGAGACAAAAGGGUGCUCCUUAAUAAAGUAUUUUAGGCCUUUUUAUUCUCUGAGUUAUAGGGAACCGACCUGUUGUGCAUUGUGCAAUAACCUAAUAUUUUAUCACAACAUAGAAGCUUUAUAACUGUGAAAGAUGCAAAUGUAUGAAGAGCACUCAUAUUAACAUGCGUUAUGAGUCGUGAUCCGUCCAGUCAUAGCCUAUGUAUAAUAUUCAGAAUCAUUACAAUAUGUGUGUGUGUGCGUCUGAAAAACACAGUUCUGCAUAUAUUAUCCCAAUUAGACCGUUCUGUGAUAUGCCUUUAUUGUGCGUCAAAGUCUAGUCCAAAUGCUAUACUGUCUUUAAAAAAUAAUCCCCUGUAAUUCCUUGAAAUGAACUGCCCCAGCUGUUUAUAAUGCGUAAACGGCACCAUAUAAAACAACUGUCUGGUGUCUGGUUAUCGGUGCCAGACACACGUGAAAGAAAACACAGCACUCGUUCACGCACACACACACACACACACACACACACAGGCAUCAAAGAUGGAAGCGUGCUUCUCUUUGGAUGCCUCAAAUAUAGCCCCGCUGUGAUGCAGUCGCCAUGGCGACGGUCGUUUCCUCGGUAACCCCCCAGUCACCGUUGCCAUGGCACCCCCUUGUUUCCACAGUAACCUCCCAGAUGGCUUCGGGAGCUAUAUUGAAGAUUGUCAUCUAAAUAGCUUCGUCUCCAGUCUCCAAUAAGACUGCUCUGUCAUCGUGCGUAAAAUACUAGCGCGUAAAAGAAACAUGCCCAGCGCCACUAAGCUCACUCAGUGGCUUUAACACUGACACACAAAACAAAUUGGAGUAAGAAGAAGGUCUGUUUACAAAUUUCCAACAUGAACACUCCCCCCAAAAUGAACCAGGCACAACUCAGAGAGGUGACGAGGCGGGAGAUGUGGAUGGAGAAGCAAAGCGUGAGGAAUUAUGAAUGGACUGGGAGCUCAUUGUGUCCUGAGUGCGCUACUGCGGGCGCUCAGCAGAGGCUGCUGUUCUCCCACUGAUGAAACUGGUGAAAGUCAUUCCAUUUUUCUGCACAGACCUCCUGGAACCCCUGACGACCCCAAUUAUACCGCCUCCCACUUAGGAGCGCAAUGACUCUGGUCUUCCUGUUGGGCCAGAUUGGCCAAAGUUAAGAGUUGAGACAGAACUCCCACUGGAUCAGUUGUUCUUCCCUUACCCUCCUCCUCCUCCUGACUGGUGUCCUCAAACCUGGACUAUGGUGCCUACCAGUUCUCCCCUUACAGUGGAACACCACUCAAUCCAAAAUGCAAUUGUAAGAAUGACAAAAAAAGCCAGACGUGUAACAUAUUCCUAAUACAGUUUUGUAGCUGCAGUUUUCUCUUCUGGAGUUUAACACACUGCGAGUGGAACCAUCACAGGAUCAAAAGUGAUUCAGGCAGCGACAGAAUUCAGCUGCAACUGUGUUAUGGACUCUGACAUCUCUCCAUACUGCUUUCUGUAUCAAAUUCAAAAGGACAGAUUCAGGAAAACAGCCAGAAAUUUUUGCAAAUCACAUCUCACUCCUGGACUUUACACCGAUUUCUAUAUUCUCUCGUCCUAUUUCUGGGUAACGAUAUUCAUCACGGACAAUAACUGACAAACAGCUUUUGCUUCAAGUCAAAAGUGGCAAAAACAACUGAGGCCAACUGUGAUUUGCUGAUAUGAAACUGUGAUACAUAUCAAAGACUGUUAGCCAUAUGCCUUCUGUUAGCUCUGUGUGCUCUGUAUUGCCGAUAUGUGAAACACACACCUACGUACGUGUAGCUGGUUGCAGUUAUUCCCCUGACCUGCAUACGGAGAACAAUACAGAGGCACGCACGUACACAAACACGUACAGUAUACAUGUGCCUGUGAAUGGCUCUCUCUUAUCCCAGAGUGCACUGGUGUUUUUUUUGGGAUGGGGCAGAAUAAUGUCAGGGGAAAGGCUGCGUAUGCCAGUAUUUGUUCCGUGUUAUUCUGUGCUGUCUUAAACAUGACCCAUAUAAAGAGA